UGGCAGUAAAGCCCACUUGAAGUGAAACGCAGCACUGCACUUGGCGAGGAAGAAGAACGCGGAAGUAGGAAGCAAUAGUGGGGACUUUUGCUUAGCCAACGUUGCACAUCUGCCUGCCUAAAUUUGUGAAAAUGACAGGUUCGAAAGCACAAAAUACUAGUUCUAUCCCAAUUGAUGCCUUCAGCAAUUUAAGGGUAACGUCUGUGUGGACAUUCCUGCAAACUAUCCAGUGGUCUGAGACAUGGCUUAUAGGACUCCUUGCGUUUCAUGUAUUUUGCUUUGUCGCUACUCUAUUUACUUGCAAACACUACCGUCUUCAAAUAUGUCUGUUCCUAAUGAUGGUUGGAAUGGUGGCCAGUGCAGAGUAUUUGAAUGAGCUGGCGGCCAUGAACUGGAGGUUGUUCUCCAAGUUCCAGUACUUUGACUCCAAAGGAAUGUUCAUCUCAUUGGUGUACUCAGUCCCUCUUCUGUUCAAUACCAUCAUCAUUGUGGCCGUGUGGGUGUACCGUACCUUCUGUACCAUGACUGAGCUGAAAAUCCUGCAGCUGAAGAGGAAAGCAGCACGACAGCAGAGCCAGAAGAAGACCCAGUAACUCGGACCUCCAACCAGCCGCUGAGACGACCGCUGGCAUGACCCGAGUUAACCUGCUUAUUCGAUCCAAUUUCUUUUUUUUCUUUUUUUUUGGGGGGGGGGGUUCGGGGUUUGCUGGUGACCUCUACGCCAUGCCAUCUAGACAUUAGACCUCAUUACUUCCUAUUCAGUUUCAGCCAUUGUUAGUCUUGAGUUAAAUGUCAGUCAGUCGGUAACCCCCCCCCAGAGCUGACCUUGGUGAAGUUUACUCUGUUCCCUAGAACUGUGGUCUCUAAUCAGAACUGAGCAUAACAGGCUGAUGGUGAAACACAAUGAUGGGGCCACAGUGAGACUGUAGCAGUCUUGAUAAGAGAUUCUCAAGGACCUGUGUUUAGAGUGUGCCUACUUUUUCUUUCUCUGUCAGAUUUAUGUGAUCAGCAUUGCGUGUGAGUGUGAGUGUGAGUGUGAGUGUGAGUGUGUGUGUGUGUGUGUGUGUGUGUGUGUGUGUGCGAAUGUGAGAGAGCGAAUGAGAUACUGUGUUUUGUGGGACCAAGGGUGUAUUUUUUUUUUUUUUUUUUGUCCAUAUGCAUACGGACAUGCAUGCUUUACUUUGCUUUACUAGACAGUUUCACCCCCUUUCUGGUUUCUGGCCACAGUACCUGCAGAUGCAGUAUUAUUAUGGCUUGCAGUUACAUAGAUCCAUCCAUAGGGGGCGUCUGAAGUCCUGAGGUAGGUGGAUGCAGAGAUGAGCUCUGUCUCCCUGCUGUGUGGAUUGAUGACAGAUGUAGCAUAUUGUUAUAGUUGUGGUUGACUUUUUUCAUGAAUAUGCAAAUAUGUCAAAUGUUUUUGAUAAAAUGUAUGCCUUUUUAAUUUAUUUCUUUAAAGGUGGGUACUGGGGACAUACGCUUGGAACUUUACUGCAAUUGUUGUAAAUAAAAACAAAUUGCUAAGUUUGUCUCUAUGGGACUGUGACAAUAAAUUACAUUCACUCUGAAAA